AUGAAUGUGUUGAAUUUAUUUCGGAACAAAACUAGAAUUUUCGAACCGGCCGUCUUCGGCACGACCCGCCGAGGUCAGCAGAAGCUCCUGUACGGUGGUCACGCGUACACCAAGGACCGCCAGUCGGCCAAGACCUGCAACUGGAAGUGUUCGCUGUUUACGCGCUACAAGUGCAAAGCCCGGGCGGUAACGCGCGAAAUCAACGGAAUCGUGUACGUCAAGGCCACCAACACGAUGCACUACCACCCCGCGGAGCAGUACAAGAUCAGCUUUCGCCGCAUGAGCACCCUACCGACAGUUGACGACGGCCAGCAGACGUUUCUUUCCGUCAUCUUUAAACUUCCAGACGAAAAGGUGACCUUCGUCGAGCGGGCCAAGUACGAGUACACGCUGCGUGGCACGCAGCAGCUGGUGCACAACGGUUUCUACUUUAGCAAGAACAAAACGCUGGACGGUGGCACCCGGGUCAACUGGAAGUGUCAGUUUUACGAGCGGCUGCGCUGUCGCGCCCGCGCCAUUACCAAGUCCGUCAACGGGUUCGAUUAUGUGCGCGUUACGAACGACGAGCACACCCACACGCGGGACAUCAGCCUGGGCGAGUGCCCGCCGCGGAAGAAGAGUGGCAAAAAGAGCAAGGAGCUGCUUUUGGGGUUUGCUUACACUUGA